AUGUGCAUGACAACAUGCUUGCAACAUGCUGUUGCCAAUCCCGUGGCAUAUCAGUUCAUGGAAGUAACCGACGUCCUGGCCAUCAUAGGUGGAUCGGGAGCAGGGAAGACCACACUGCUGGACAGCGUCGCGCUGGAGCCACGCCCUGGAAGAAGAGCCGGUCAGGUGCUGCUCAAUGGGCAGGAGUUGGACGCCACGCUCUUCCGCUCCAGCUGUGCCUAUGUGGCGCAGAGCGACGCCUGCGCUCCCUCGCUGACGGUGAGGGAGACCCUGCAGUUUGCGGCCAGCCUGUACCAAGGUCGCGCAACACGCGCCGAGCGGGCAAAGGGGGUCCAACAUCUCCUUGAAGAGUGUGGGCUGGAUGCGUGCCACGACGUCAAGGUCGGAGAUGAUCUCGUCAUACGAGGGGUGUCGGGAGGCCAGCGCCGGCGUGUGAGUUUGGCUGUCGAGUUGUUAAAGAGACCAUCCGUCUUGGUCCUGGACGAACCGACCUCGGGUCUCGAUUCCAAAGCGGCGGAGGCGAUCGUUGAGCUUCUAACGGGCAUCGCUCUGGCCAACAACCUAGCGGCCCUCUGCACCAUCCAUCAGCCGUCGUCCUAUGUGUUUCAGCAGUUCGACAGGCUGCUCGUCCUGGCCAAGGGCCGGGUGUGCUACUUUGGAAAAGCAGAUGCAGCCCUGCAGCAUUUUCAGGACAUCGGGUUCCCAAGCCCCUCGGGCGUGAACCCGGCGGAGUUCAUGAUCCGCAUCACCAACGCAGACUUUGCUGAGGAGGGCCAGGUCGCGCGGAUCUGUGAUGCUUGGGACGCUGCCUGCCGCGAGGCCCAGCCAAGCUUGUCCGGAGUGCUGACGUCCGGGCCACCCCAAGCGGCACCCAGGGCUUCGGCGCGGAAGCAGGUGGGCAAGCUCUUCCUGCGCGCGGUGCGGAGCAACCUCAGGAACCCCAUUGCCUUCGCCGGCCGCGCGGCGCUGACGGCCUUGUUGGUCAGCUUUGUUUGCGUGGCAUAUCUGGGUGCCCGGAAGCGCAACCAGGAGAACGUGUUGAACUACCUCUGGGCGGUGAUGUGGGUGCAGCAGUUGCCGGCAUUCCUCUGCAUCGGCGCCGUGCCGAACUUCGCGCGCGAGCACCGCUGCUUCCGCAAGGAGGUCAAGAACGGCCUCUACCAUCCCCUGUCGCAUCUGCUGGCGGACAUGCUGGUCAACGUGCCCAUCUGGUUCUUACUCGCCGCCGCAGCCAUCCUACCCUCCAAUUUGAUUCUGGACACCCCACUGAUUCACUCGCCGGAGCUGUGGCUGCUGUUGGCCGCCUACAUCGGCUUUAACGACACGUUUGCGCAGCUCUGCGGCAGCUUGGGAACAGGGAGCCCCCUGGGCAUCAUGGUCUUCCUGAUGCAGACGAUCUUGAACAUGAUCUUCAAUGGCACGUUGCUGGCGCACCAGUCCGAGGUUCCCUGGAUGCUGCGGUGGCUUUUCUACGCCAGGCCCUGA